AUGAGAUUCAUCAGUAAGAAUCUUCAUCUACUAGCCCUUGGAGUGACCCUCCUCGCAACUUGCCGCCAGGCUGACUCGGGAGGGGUUGGUGUAGGAGGCACAGGAUACAGAGGCAAUAUAAACCACGUCGUUGUAAGAAGUGGCCACACAGAACGCAUCCCCGGUAGGGUAUCACCGACAGGAUCUCUGGCAACAGGAAGAAAAGAACAUAGCCCCACCUCUUCUGUUCCUCCGGGCGGCGUCGUAGUAGGAGGCACCCACAGAGUUCUUACCCCCAGCAGCGUGUCACCAAAUGACUCUCCAAGAGGGGGAAGAAGAAGCCAUGGUAUCUCUGGAAUAACUGGACACGGAGACCUAACCACAGCGAGACAUGGCUUUGGUCAGACCAACAGUGGCUCGGCCUUUGGAGGGUCAUAUGACUCAUCUGUUGGUGACGAGGAGGUGGGUCUUGGACACGUGCGAUCACUUGGUCUUGGACAUGGUGACAGCCUUUCUGGUAGACAUCGUAGCUCAUCGAGGAGGACAUUUGAUGAUUCCUUUGGUGCUGGACAUAGUGGUCCCCUUGGAAGACAUGUAGGCGUUCUUGAUGGUAGAUAUAUUGGCUCCCUCAAUAGUGGACAUGUUGCUUUCCAUAAUACUGGACAUGCUGGCUCCCUCAAUAGUGGACAUGUUGCUUUCCUUAAUACUGGACAUACUGGCUCUCUCAAUAGUGGACAUGUUGCUUCCCUUAAUACUGGACAUACUGGCUCUCUCAAUAGUGGACAUGUUGCUUUCCAUAAUACUGGACAUGCUGGCUCCCUCAAUAGUGGACAUGUUGUUUUCCUUAAUACUGGACAUACUGGCUCUCUCAAUAGUGGACAUGCUGCUUCCCUUAAUACUGGACAUGCUGGCUCUCUCAAUAGUGGACUUGCUUCCCUUAAUACUGGAUAUACUGGCUCUCUCAAUAGUGGACAUGUUGCUUCCCUUAAUACUGGACAUACUGGCUCUCUCAAUAGUGGACUUGCUUCCCUUAAUACUGGACAUGCUGGCUCUCUCAAUAGUGGACAUGUUGCUUCCCUUAAUACUGGACAUGCUGGCUCUCUCAAUAGUGGACUUGUUGCUUCCCUUAAUACUGGACAUACUGGCUCUCUCAAUAGUGGACAUGUUGCUUCCCUUAAUACUGGACAUGCUGGCUCUCUCAAUAGUGGACAUGUUGCUUCCCUUAAUACUGGACAUGCUGGCUCUCUCAAUAGUGGACAUGUUGCUUCCCUUAAUACUGGACAUACUGGCUCUCUCAAUAGUGGACAUGCUGCUUCCCUUAAUACUGGACAUACUGGCUCUCUCAAUAGUGGACAUGUUGCUUCCCUUAAUACUGGACAUACUGGCUCUCUCAAUAGUGGACAUGUUGCUUUCCAUAAUACUGGACAUGCUGGCUCUCUCAAUAGUGGUCUUGCUUCCCUUAAUACUGGACAUACUGGCUCUCUCAAUAGUGGACAUGUUGCUUCCCUUAAUACUGGACAUGCUGGCUCUCUCAAUAGUGGACAUGUUGCUUCCUUAAUACUGGACAUACUGGCUCUCUCAAUAGUGGACAUUGGACAUGUUGCUUCCCUUAAUACUGGACAUGCUGGCUCUCUCAAUAGUGGACAUGUUGCUUCCCUUAAUACUGGACAUGCUGGCUCUCUCAAUAGUGGACAUGUUGCUUCCCUUAAUACUGGACAUACUGGCUCUCUCAAUAGUGGACAUGCUGCUUCCCUUAAUACUGGACAUACUGGCUCUCUCAAUAGUGGACAUGUUGCUUCCCUUAAUACUGGACAUACUGGCUCUCUCAAUAGUGGACAUGUUGCUUUCCAUAAUACUGGACAUGCUGGCUCUCUCAAUAGUGGACUUGCUUCCCUUAAUACUGGACAUACUGGCUCUCUCAAUAGUGGACAUGUUGCUUCCCUUAAUACUGGACAUACUGGUUCUCUCAAUAGUGGACAUGUUGCUUCCCUUAAUAGCAAACAUCAUGGCUCCAUCAGUGGUUAUGGGUCUUCUGGUAGGCGUCGGGUUGGAGCCACAGCUACUGUCAGUUUUAGCCUAGGUGGUCCUCUUCGACGAGCUGAUAAUCAUGGCUCUCCAUCUCGUCACGGUGGUUUAGUGAAUGUUGGUCAUACUGCUGCAACUGGUGGUAUUGUUCGUGGGAGUGGAGCUAAAGGUGUUGUGGGAAGUGUCAGAGGUGUUGGGGGGGUUGUAAGAGGUGUUGAAGACGUUGUAGGUGUUGUAGGAAAUGUUGGAGAUAUUGGAAGCGGUGGUCAUGGGAAAGCAUAUUUUGGAAGCCAGUUUGGAGGUUUUGCUGGAGGUUACGGUAUUAAGGAAGUAGGGCACGUUGGUGGUAAUAUUGAUGUUAAUAUUGUUCACAGUAAAGAUCAUAAAACUAGAAUUCCUGGAGCUGUUGCAGUAGUCGACCAUUUAGAGGAUAUUGACCACCAUAUGCCCACAACCUCUGGAGGGCAAUUUCAAGAUCUUGGGGUCAUUGGACACGCAUCACGAGUUGCUGGAGGUGGAAACAGAGAUUUUUCUGGUGGCUACAGUGCAAGUGGAUUCCCUGAUUUUAGACACACAGGAGCUGCCUUAGGAGAACAUGAAAGUAAUUCAGGUGGCUUUAGAACAGGUGGGGAACACUUUGGACCUCUCCCUAAGCAUGGAAGUCCUUCGGCUAACGACGCCACUAGUAAAGCUCUUGAAAUGAGUUUUGGAGGCAGACACGUAGAGGCAGUGGCCGUAACUGGACGUCAACAUCCUUCAGAACAAUAUAGUGAGGAAGAGGCGAUCGAUUUUGAACACACAGGAGUUGUUUUGGGCGGACACGUAGUUGGAAGUCUUGGUGGUGGACACGGAGUUGGAAGCCUUGGUGGUGGACACGUAAGAGAUCUCACUGGACAUGUAGGUUCUUCAGUUGACUACAAUACCGGUGAAGCCCUUGAAGGUCUUGGUACUGGACACAAAUCUGGAGGUCUUAGCGGACACGGUGUUAGAGGACAUAGUGAUGAACAAGGAGUUGAUAGUCUCAGCAGUGGACAUAUAGUAGCUGCCAUAGGUAAACACGUAAGAUCAUCAACUGGUUACAGAGCAGAUGGUGCCCUUGAUUUCGGACUCGCUGGAUCUACCAUAAGUGGACAUAGAGUUUCAUCAACAGGUGGACACGUAGAUAGACUCAGUGGUCAUAGAGACGGAAAUCUUGAAGGUAUAGUCAUUAAAAACCCUGGAAGUCCCUCUGCUUAUGAUAGUUAG